AGCAUCUGAUUAAAACCAUCUCUCUCGCUGUGAGUGGCUAGCUGCGCCGCGGAAGGGUCGAGCGCGACGGAAUAUUUAACCGGGCCGACGGUGUCGGCUCAUUCGCCGGCUGCGGUGGUGGAAGGAUCAUGCACGAAGCGGCACGGAUCUAGUCUCGUGAGAGUAUUAUGCCUGUACACUAAGGAGCCCUAACUGGAUUCCAGCGGCAUAUCGAGUGAAGCAUUCUUUAAUGCUCCUGGCGUUGUGAGGCUGGCUUCUAUCUCACCAUGUCGAACGAAGCAGAAACUGCAAGCGUGAACAGUCAGCCUGCCCAGCAACAGGCACCCGUGAAAACACAACCAUCCAAGAAGGAGAAAAAGAAAGGGUCUGAGAAGACAGAUGAGUUCCUCCUGGCCAGAUUUCAAGGUGAUGGCGUAAGAUACAAGGCCAAGCUGAUCGGCAUUGAUGACGUUCCAGAAGCAAGAGGAGAUAAGAUGAGCCAAGAUUCUAUGAUGAAGCUGAAGGGAAUGGCAGUAGCAGCCCGUUCUCAAGGACAGCACAAGCAGAAAAUAUGGGUGAACAUCUCUCUUUCUGGGAUCAAGAUCAUAGAUGAGAAGACAGGGGUUAUUGAGCAUGAGCAUCCAGUCAACAAAAUCUCCUUUAUUGCUCGGGAUGUGACAGACAAUCGUGCCUUUGGCUAUGUCUGUGGAGGAGAAGGACAGCAUCAGUUUUUUGCCAUAAAAACAGCACAGCAGGCUGAGCCUCUAGUUGUAGAUCUGAAGGACCUCUUCCAAGUUAUCUAUAAUACAAAGAAAAAGGAAGAAGAGGACAAGAAAAAGAAUGAAGAAACCAAUAAGACAGCAGAGAACGGCACUGAUGACUCAACUGAUCAAGCUGGGAAAAUAAAGAUGGGUGUCGAUCAGAUGGAUCUCUUUGGAGACAUGUCAACUCCCCCUGACCUGAACACUCCCACAGAGGAGGAUAAAGAGGUCCUGUUAGUGGAUUUAAAUGCUGAAGUUGAGGCCCCUCCAACUUCUGUCAAAGAGGAUGAUAUUUUCUUGAAUGACAUCACGCCUUCCCUGUCACAGCCAAAACCACCACCACCUUUCUUGCCUGAAACCGCUUUCUCUGCAAACCUCAGCUUCUUUCCUACUCCCAACCCCGACCCUUUCCGUGAUGAUCCUUUCACGCAACCUGACCAAUUGGCACACCUCCCUCUUGAUUCUUUAAAACCUCCCAAUCAGAAGAUGGUGAGCACGACUGUCGGCGGUGGUGUGAAUGGUGAUGUAGACUACUUUGGGAAACAGUUCGACCAGAUUUCCAACCGAACUGGCAAGCAGGAUUUACCGGCUGGUCAGUGGGGGCUGGAGAGUAAGACAGUUCAGCUAGCCACAAGGACUCCCAACGGGGUGCCAGAGCGAGAACAGAAUGGGAUCAUUGCCAAAUCCCCACCAAACGUGUUCACAGAGAGCCCUUCCAAAGGACUGCCCCUGCAAAAUGGAUUACGGCUAGACUCCAACGGCGGCAUCCAGUUGACGACAUCUCAUGACUCGAUAACAAUUAGCCCACCUCCGCAAAGUACCAAGCCAGGAAGAGGAAGGAGGCCUGUUAAGAGUGCAGCUAAUGACUUGUUUGGAUCAGACAUUUUUGCUCCUGGCCUUCCCACAACCAGCGCCUUGACUACUGCCGCAGUCCAGCCGGCCCCCGUGCAAACCAGCCCUCUGGACCUCUUCAAAGCCAGUGCUCCUGCAGUACCACCCAUGUCUGGACUAGGUGGCUUGCCUACAGUGACUUCCCCGACACCAGCAUGGGGGCCCUCAUCUACUGUCUUCAGCCAGCCCAGUUCAGUAUUUCCUGGAUCUGUUCUGGGUGCUCAGCCAGCAAGCUUUCCUCAGCCCCUUGGAUUCGGCGCUACUCCACAAGUUCCUGGCUGGAAUCAGUCAGCAUCCUUAGGAGCCCCGAGCCAGCCUCCGGCUCCUGAUCUUUGGGGUCAGCCAGCACGAGUUUCUCCUCCAAACGCCUGGGCACAGCCGUCCUCCACAGGAAACCCUUUUCAGGCCAGCAUGUUCCCAUCCACACUAGCUGCCCCCCUCCCGACGUUGUUGUCUUCCAUGUCCUCAACCAGUCCUCCGCCUCAGUUGCCUCCCAGAACUGCACCUCCGAAAGAGCCGGCCAAGAAGGAAAGCGACGCCUUCACAGCUCUGGACCCUCUUGGAGAUAAGGAGAUAAAGGAUGUAAGAGAGAUGUUCAAAGACUUCCAGCUGACGAAGCCACCUGCUGUGCCUGCCAGGAGGGCAGAGCAGCAACAAGGUCUGUCUGGUGCCUCUGGAGCCUUUGCCAGUUACUUCACUAACAAAGUAGGGGUUCCUCAAGACGUGGCUGACCAUGAUGACUAUGAAGCUAGUCAGCUGUCUGCUAAAAUCAGUGUGCCACCAAAGCCUGCUCCUAGACAAACCACUGCGCCCCUUAAAAAUCCUGCUGAGGACCUGUUUGAAAACCCUUUUAUGACAGACCCUUUUGGUGCUCCCUCACUAAAUUCUGCUACAGUUCAGUCUUCUGCUUUAUUUGGGGAUCCUUUUGGCAAUCCGUUUGUAUAGACUUGAAGCAAGUAUUACUGGACUUCAUUGGCAAAAGAUGUUAUGGAUAAUUGGACCCUUCUGUUAUGGUCUUCACUCUGUAUUUGUCUGCCUCAUUGAUCCACUUACAUAUUGUGAAUCAUUCCAAAAAGACCUUGGGUUGCUGCCACCUGAAGCCAAGGAAGGAAUUUGUUUAGAGACCAGCUUACAUCUUGUGGGAAAGAACUUUGGCUCUUGUGGAUAUAGACUGAACUUUGGGGGGGGGUUUGGUGUCCGCUAGUCCUUCACUCCUGUCUACAACUUAACGGUCAUCUAAAGUGAGGUGAAUGGGAAACUGGAUACUUGCUGGAUGAAGUCACGUAGCCUUGCGUUCACCUCCACCCACCUCCACCCACAAGGGAAGGAAACAGCACAAGGUUGCCUAGAUUAAACAUUUUCUAAUACUUCUAGCUUUAAGAACUUUCAACACUCCAACCCCCACCUCCUCCAAUGAAUGUCAAAGGUGAGAAAAAGGGUAAAUGAAGAAAUAGGGCAAGUGGUGUGUUUGGGUCCUAACCGGCCAGUACAAAAAAGUAUAUUUGGCUCUAACGUUAUAUAUCUAAUCCAGUGGGAGUUGAGAGAAACUCUGGUGCUUUCUUGUCCAAGACAAACGAACAAAUUACAAUUUUUUCUUCUCUAGUAAAAUAUUGGUUGACAAGAUCCUGCUUCUAUAAGCAAACCAGUAAUGAGAAAGGGACAGAGACAGAAAUGCAAGAUUUGAAGGAAUCCCCAUACUGUUGUACAACUGGGAAACGAAUUUGUGUUUAAUAACUUGGUUUGUCAAAUGAAAUUGCCACUUUGCUCAGCAGGCCACAUUUGGGGCUGGGAUUAUUCACAGAGGGAUGUAGCAUUUCAGCGAGAAGUCUUUAACUAUCAAAAUGGACACCCAGAUUCUGGAGAACGGACCCAACUGUUAUGGAUUGUGUAUCUCAGUGGUUGUUCUUGGCAUUUUUAGGAAUAUAAACUUGAAACAGUAUCUGUUAAAAUGAUUGGAAUAAGUGCAAGCCUGGUAAUCCUUUUACUAGAAAAUACUGUCUGCAGUGACCAGUUCUACCAGUUGGUUAAGCUGGGUUUUUUUUUUCUCCGUGUACAUACUCUCCUGCACUUUCCUGUAAUACAAGAAAAAGCUAUCCAUUUAUGUGUGUCUUCCCUGACUGGAAAUGUAGAAAUUUAUGGAUCUUGUUACAAUGUAAAAAGUAGUCAUCAAGUGUUCUGACAUUAAAUGUAA